AUGUUCUCUCUAAUUCCAUGGCUCAUGCCGCGAUAUCGCCAGCCCGUAUGGCUUGAUGUCAUCAUCAACAACUUCCUCAACUCGGUCACUGGGUAUCUAACCCGGCUGUUACGUGACACGCCGCUCGAGUACUGGCUGCUAGAUUCUCAGGGCCAAUUCGGCACGCUAUUCGUGAGCGUCAUCCUAGUAGCUCUGAUCUGGCUGAUUUCUUUGGAAUACUCGGCCCAAGCUGAGAAUCCUGUCGCAUCUUCAGUCUCUACUGAAGCCACCCAUGACAAUGUCCAUGGGCCUGGGGAGAUCCAAGAGCAGCCCGCGCCAGUUACGCUCCCAUCUGACGACAUCGCUCGUACACCAUCACCAGUCAGGGCCUCAAUCAUGAGAAGUUUCGCCCGGCCAGACCACCGACCUACGAACGCGCACCUUGAAAUCUCGCCCUUCCGCACCGCGCGACCUCUAGGCGAUCCAGAUCGCACAGGGCGCAUCACAACUCCAGGAUACCAGACGCCCUUUGGCAAACCUACUCACUCUCAAGAUUUCUCUAGUCUGGCGGAGAAGGCGCCUGUGAGCUACAAGACACUGAAGGAAAACGGCAUGUUACACCCAGACGGCACGCCGACGAAGAAGUGGACUGUGUCGAGGCGGAUGACCGACUCUCGGGGCAUUAGAGGAGAGGAUUCGAGGAAGGAGGUGGUAGCGUGGUGGGUGAAUGAUUCUGGGCGGCGGGGUGGACGUGCGAGAUUGAGGCAGGAUUUGGACGAGGAGGAGGAUGGGGUAGCUGCAAGGCUCUAA